AUGACAUUCAUCGGAAAAGCAGUCCACUUUUCCAUCGACCUAACUCUUCUGUCGGUGUGUCUUGCCGGAGUUAAGAGAAACACAGGUUUGACGCCUAAACUUGAGUCCAUUGAGGAUUCUCACGUUAGACAGUAUAUGGUAAAAUACCUCAACCUAGGAGAGUCCUGUUACGACUACACAGUAGCCUCUUUGGGUUCCUCAAAGUAUUUCGCUAGAAAGUAG